UGACGUCGGUUUCGUGAUUUUGAAGAGCCAAAUAAAUAGAGGUGAAACUUCAAUUCAUCAGAGGAUUUGGUGUUAUCAUUUUUAUCUUGGUUUUCGUGAUUGUCGCUGCUAAUCACGUCCGCAGAGCCAGUGAAAUCUGUGUUGUUCUGCUGUCGCAGCUCUUUCCGGAUUCGGUAGUGAUAGAAAAGUUUUUUGACUAACGCUGCUUCCUGGACAAGUAGCAAUCCGAGCGGGCAACGAUGAUUCGUGUUUAGAAAGUGUUAUUUUCGACCUUUAGACCUUCCCUGAAAAAGGAGCGGAUUUCUUCUGCAUCUGACGACAUAGACGACUGGCACUGCGAUCAGCUCACGAUCCGUAUUCAACAUGUCCUUUAAAGAUUUAGUGGAACCAGAAUGCGGUGGUGCAAAUCCGCUGAUGAACCUGGGCCGCCAGGUGACUCGGGAUGUAGCUUUCCAAGAUGAAGGAUUUGCAGGAGGACGUUCGGCAUUUAUCGGAUCGGAAAACGAUCUAGUAAAAGAGUUCAUGGGACAGGUGGCACCGGCUCCACAGUCAUUUCGCAUGGAUGUACUGCUGAAGGAGAUGAGAGAUAUUGACAGGCAAAAUUUUCAUCAACGCCAGAUCAUACCGGGACCUCCAGUUAUCGAAGAGGUCAAUCGACCUGAUUUGAAUUGGGAAAAAGAGUUUGGAAUCGGUUCAUCUAUUGGAGCGCAAGGCACUACUCAUACUGGCCAGCGCGCCCAGAGUAAACUUACCAGCGUCUGGUCGAACUCACAGCUGGAUCCGAUUGAAGGUACAAUUAAUGCAGGACCCAGUAACAUUUUAUAUACGAAGGAUUUUUUCGACUUAAACGAACCGAAAAGUGAGGAAGAACAACAGUCGAUUCGUCAGGCUGCGGGAGAGUUAGCAGAUGUCUCCUACCGCCGUGACACGGAAAAGUUGAACUACAGUGAGUUUCUGCGUUUCAUCAACAACGUUGGCGAGGGUGCCGUAAGAAUUCAUGAUGGCCAGGUUACUACUAGCGGACCUAACGUCUGGGCCAAUGAGUUUGAUCAGCUGGCUGCGGGGCCAUCGAAGACCGUCACCAAGGACGAGCCAAGUAUCGCUGAAGAUUGGGCUAUGGCAUUCGAAGAAGAUAAAAAGCGGGAGCAAGAAGCAGCUGAAAAUUACAACAAGCAAUUUUGGGAACGUUUGCAGAACGAUUGGCAUUCACUCUCGGAGAAUGAAAGUCAGCAUCCGUGGUUGUCAGAAUUUUCUGAAUUUUACGAUCCGUACAAAGAGUACAAGUUUGAUGAGGAAAAUCCUAUGUCAAAUGUGGAGAACGCUUUCGACAAAGGGAAAGCUUUUUUGGCACAGGGCGAUAUUCCGAGCGCAGUGUUGUGCUUCGAAGCAGCAGUGAAACAAGAUCCAGAAAAUCCGGAAAUUUGGGAAUUACUUGGAUUUAGCCAGGCAGAGAACGAAAAGGACCCGAAUGCCAUUGCUGCUCUUAACAAGGCAUUAUCAUUCAACGCUAAUAAUAUGCCUGUUUUAAUGGCGCUGGCAGUUUCUUACACAAAUGAAAGCAUGCAGAAUCAAGCGUUAAAGAUGCUUGUCAAGUGGAUGAAAUGUAAUCCGAAGUACGAAAGCUUGGUUCCACCGGAAAUGAUGCAGCCACAGGAGUCAUUUUUGGCCAGUUCACUAAUGGGUGGGCCGAGUCUGCAGGAGGUUCAGGAUUUGUUCAUUAAAGCUGUCCAAAAAUCUCCAAAUGAAAUCGAUGCCGAUAUACAAGAAGCUCUGGGCGUGCUAUUCAAUCUGAGCUCGGAAUACGAUAAGGCAGUUGAUUGUUUUCGGGCUGCUGCUCAAGUUCGCCCUAACAGCUCAAAAAUCUGGAAUCGUUUAGGAGCCAGUUUGGCGAACGGAAACCGAAGCGUAGAAGCAGUCGACGCGUACCAACGGGCGUUGGAAAUCCAUCCCGGGUUUAUUCGUGCACGCUACAAUGUUGGUAUCAUUUGUAUCAACUUGAAGGCGUACAAAGAGGGAGUUGAGCAUCUGUUAACUGCUUUGAACCAUCAGGCAUCUUCAAUAGCUCGUGCGGGAAUAAAUGUGUCUUCCCCUGCUAACCAAAUGUCAAGUACGAUUUGGAUCACACUACGGAUGGUAAUGUCACUGAUGGGAAGACAAGAUUUGCAACAGGCAAUUGAUAAUCGCGAUUUAGAGGUUCUCAACCGUGAGUUUCCAAUGAGUAACGACUAAAGUGGGCUAAUUGCUUUUCUAUAGAGACAAGAAAGGGAGCGGUUUAUUUUAUAUUUUAACAUAUGGAGUACUAAAAGGUAUAACCUUGGAAGAAGAAAGGUUGGAACAAAUUUGAGUAAAAAUAUAUAUUCAACCAAGCUAAGUUCUCCAUGAGCAAUAUCAAAAACAAAAUUUAACAGAACAGUGUUAAGCAAGGUGACGAAAGGUACAUUUUUGGUUCAUUCUAUAACAUGCCCGUUUUGAUAAUGGUUAAUAAAACAAAAGUACAAUACCAUU